CUAAUUUCAAGAUGUCGGCCUCCAGUGAAGGAUUUGGUGAAGUUUUGUAUAGGGCUGGAGAGGACAACUCCGAAGAURUAUGGGACGAUACAGCAUUGAUUGAAGCCUAUGAUAGAGCAGUAAAUAUAGUUAAGAAUGGCAAGUGGAACAGCAGUGGUAAAGGCAAAGRAGGUGGAAAAACAAGAAAGCAGCAGAAUGCAAAGAGAAAAGAAAAACAAAAAUCUAACCAAAUAGACAUGAUAGAUCAGUGGCAAGUUGGAGACUGCUGCUGUGCUGUGUUUUCUGAGGACAGAGAGAUUUAUGAAGCAACAAUAAUAUCAAUAGACAGAGAGAACAAAACUUGCAUUGUUCAAUAUGAUGAAUAUGGCAAUGAAGAAGAACAAAAUCUAAAGGACUUGAUKGAGUCAAAGAAAAGUGAAAAACUACCUGAUAAAGGUUAUUAUACAGUUGACUCCCCUUAUCGUGCUCAAGAACCAUCCAGAGACAYACCUACAGAUUCCUUCAUCCAAAUACCUACAUUUACUGACAGUUACUGGAAAGUCAGUGACAUUUGCCUGGCACCAGAAUACCCAAGUGGUCACUGGCACGAAGCUGUCAUCAACUCAUUUYCAACACAAUACACUUGUCAGGUUACUUUUAUCAGAUCAAAGAGAAGUCAAGAAGUGGCCAGAUCUCAGUUAUGUCACAAUAGAGAUAGCCAACAUCAUCCCCAUGGAUACCAACACCAAGCUUUUAGACCUCCAGGACCCUGGCCACCACCUCCCUAUGGGAUGAAUUUCCCAUUUCAAAAUCCCUAUUUCCCACCUUUUCCACCUCCCACUGGGAUGAUGCCCAUGUUUGGACAUACAAGUACGAAUUCUCAUCUUCCAAUGCCACCAAUUCCACCUCCCCCGCCCCAACCACCAACAUCUUCUAACAGUGAGGACAAUGAGGCUCUUGCUAGUAUGCUGAUGUCGUGGUAUUUAAGUGGCUAUUAUACAGGAUACUAUCAGGGUACACAAAGACAACAUAUAUCGCAUAAUGACAGGACCAGUCAGACCACGCAGCCUGAUACUACAAAUACAUGUAUUUCAAAGAAUACUCCACAACCAAGUACACCAGCUGACAUGACCUGAUGAUAAGGAAGCUCUGUACUAUGCAUAGAGUAAANCAACUCCCAAAAUCUUUGAAAUAGAAACAUAGUCAACUCCCAAAAUCUUUGAAAUAGAAACAUAGUCAACU